GUAUAAGAGUCACCGUAGUGCCAAUCGUGAGCAUCACAACUCGUCCAGACAUGACACAGUUUCGGAAAGUCGUCGGCCUCCUGGCCCUUCUCGCCCUUGUCUCUGCACAAGACAAUCCGCGCUUCAGGCGCUUCGCUUACGCUCCAAGCGGCCCAGCCGUAGCUAGCAGCUCCUCAAGUUCCUCAUCGAGCUCGUCGUCCAGUGCCUUAGGAGGUUCUGGAACCCAUACCAAGACCAAUACUCAUUCCACUGGUGGGGCUACGGCUGACGCUUCAGCUACGGCUCUUGGCGCUGGUGACAGUUUUGUCUUCGCCGACGGUGCUGGUGCUAAUAAUGGCUUUUACGGCGGUGGUGUUGGCGGAUACAACGGAGGUGGUGCCAGCGGGUACCACGGAAAUGGUGGAAGUGGCUAUCAUGGACAAGGUGGAAGUGGUUAUCACGGACAAGGUGGAUACGGUGGCAGUGGCGGCUACGGAGGAAAUCAUGGUGGCUUAGGAGGUGCAGUUGCCGGUGGAAGUGCAAACGCUGCGGCAAAUGCUAAUGCAGCGGCUAAUGCCAACUCUGGAGCACUUGGCGGUGGUGGAUAUACCGGUGGACAGGGUGGCGGAAUAUACGGUGGAGGCCAUAAUGGUGGCUCAGGUGCUUUUGCAAACGGUGGGUCUGGUGGAUACGGUGGUAGCCAUGGUGGAUCAGGUGGCUUCGGUCAUGGAAAUGUUGGAGGAUAUGGUGGCGGAAACGGUGGUUCUGGAGGUGGUCACUACGGUAGCUACCCGGUUGGAGGUGGUGCUCCAACUGGUCCAGUUCUGGUACCAGGUGGUGGCAGCAGCGGUGGUUCCGGAUCAGCUGUUGCAAACGCAGCUGCUAAUGCGAAUGCAGCUGCAAAUGGUGGAGGGCACAGUGGAGGGGCCCCGAUUGGAGGUAGCCAAGGUGGAGUUGGUUUCGGAGGAGGUCAAGUAGGUGGGACUCAAUUCGGAGGUAGCCAAGGUGGAGUUGGUUUCGGAGGAGGUCAAGGAGGUGGGGCUCAAUUUGGAGGUAGCCAAGGUGGAGUUGGUUUCGGGGGAGGUCAUGGAGGCUAUGGCAGUGGUGGAUACAGAGACCAACACUCGGGAGGCCAUUAUGGUAGUUACCCGGUUGAAGGUGGUGUCCCAACUGGUCCAGUUCUAGUACCAGGUGGUGGCAGCAGCGGUGGUUCUGGAGCAGCUACUGCUAAUGCAGCUGCUAAUGCAAAUGCAGGUGCCAGCGGAGCCGGUCAUGGUGGAGUAAUUUCAGGUGGACCUGCGUACGGUGGUAGCGGUUGCACACAAUGCGGCGGAGUCGGCGGUGCUCAUCCAGUUCAUUUUGGUGAUUCCUACGGAGGAGUGCCACCAAAUUCUGGAUUUGGCGGUGGUGUUGGUGGAGCUAAUGCCAAUGCCAAUGCAGCAGCUUCUGCUAACGCAGCAGCCUCCGCCAAUGCUGGAGCUGGAUCUAGUGGAUUUGGAGGUGGUUUCGGCGGCCCAUACGGGGCAGUGCCAUACAACUCUGGAUUUGGCGGAAGUGGAGCUAAUGCCAACGCCAACGCAGCAGCUUCUGCCAAUGCUGGAGCUGGAAGCGGCAAAUUUGGUGGCCCUGUGAUUUUCUCGCGUAUCAAUGCUGACGACGAGAGUGAGGUCAAGGAGAAAGGUACUGUGGACAAAGUCAAGGGUGUCUACAGCAGUAGCAGCUCCAAGGUUGACAAAGACGGCAAGGGAACGUACGAGGUCUCAGCUGGCAAAAUACCUGCGUAAGUGCCAUUCAUGACUGACAUCUCGGUUUUUUGUACGAGAUCUACGGACCAAAUACAAAAUUGACGUAAAAAUAGCUGUCCCCAUGUAAAAGAGAAAGAGGAAGACGAGUGACACGGCAGCUUUGUUUUCUCUCCAAUUACGUCUUAGCUUUCAAUAUGAUAAAACAAGUUGUCAUGAAUUUGAAUGUGUGUUUUUGUGUGGGUAUAAAUCAUCAUCAGUCAUUAUUACAUGUGUAAAAGUGUAAAAAUAUAAAAUGGAGGAACAAUACUUCCUCUUGCACCUUGUAUUGAAACUUACGCGAGAAGCGUAAAACGCAUAAUUGACAGAACAUUAGAUGGAGAUUUUUUUUAUUAUUAUGCGUUUGAUGUGUAUGCAUUCAAUAAUAUAUCAUUUAGAUGAUCGAGAGCGAGGUCAUUGUUUUGCAUCUGUUUUUUCGAGAUAUUGACAUUUGUAAAUCGAAUCUCAAAAACUCAUCGAGUACCUAAGUUUAUAAGAGAAUCUUUGUGUAAUAUUAAUAAAAAUCAAAGGCACUGAAAAGCAUA